GUAGUCAUAACAUCAGCGUACUAGAUUGACAUCUGGUGGGUCGUGGAUUAGAAUCUCGAACUAAAAAAAUAUCUAAAGUGAGAUGAGUGAAUGAUUUCAUUAAAAGAAAAAAACAUUCAGUUAUUGGACAAUUAAAAUUGCAAGUGGUACCACAAGACUCAAACUCUAACUAUUUUUUCCUGAUUAACAAAUGAUUUUGAGUGCCAAGAGAACCCCGUGACUGUGGACAAUUUUGGAAUAGAAAUUAGUUUUUUUAUUUAUAUUCGACAUGUUCAAUAGUGUAUCGUAUAAUCAUGGAUCUAAAGUAUCAGCUCGUAAACAAUUACGCAAAAAAAUAUUUGGUGGAUAUUCAUACGUAUUUUCACGUAGACAUCAAUCAACAAUAUAUGUCGUCUGUGUAAAAAAACGAACUUUAAAUUGCAAGGGUACUGGUAAAAUAAAAAAUAACAAGUUUUACAGUCUCAACCAACAUAACCAUAAAGCGAAUCCGAUGUCAAAAAUAAUUUUUGAUUUUGAAAGAGCCUUACGACAGAAAAUUUUGAAAGAUAAAUUCAAAUCGCUAAAAUCGAUUUAUGAGGAAAUUAGUUUAUUAUACCCGCAAGCAGCUAUUAUCAAAACAUGGGUUCAAAUGCAACCAAGAAUGCAAUACUGGAAAAAGCAAGUACAACCAUCUAAACCGGAUUCUUUUCAAGAUUACAUCGACAUUUUAAAUGAUCCCCAGUGGAAAUUUUUUACUAAUAAUCAAGAUGAUAAUAAAAUGUAUGUGUCAACUCUACAAUGUGGAGAUAUGUCGCAUGUAACCUUGUACGGAAACCCUCAACUUCUUCGACAGAUUGAAACUUCCCACUUAUUGAUAGAUGCGACUUUCACGGUUGUACCAGAAAAACCUAAAUCUCACCAAUUAUUCACAAUUUUAGCUCUGGUGAAUGAUUCUACAAUUCCCAUAUUGUGGGUCUUAAUGGAAAGAAAGACCAUCCUGGCUUACACUAAAAUCUUACAACAUUUGCAAACUGUUCUUGCACCUCAAUUAAAACCUAAAAUUAUAAUAUCAGAUUUUGAGGUGGCCCUUGCUGUUUCUAUUAAGAAAAUUUAUCCUGAAGCUGAUCACACUGGAUGUUUCUUUCAUUACAGUCAAGCCCUGAUACAUAAAUUGAAGGAAAUGAAAUUACUAACAUUUAUUUUACAAUGGAAGAAUGGACUUAUUAUUAUAAAAAAAUUUUUAGCUCUCGCUUUACUCCCUCCUGAGAAAAUCCAAGAUGCUUUUGAGUGGCUAACUAUUAAUAUGCCUGACGUCAUACAAAAUCACCAAGAGUUCCAAAGUUUUAUUAAGUACUACCAAAACCAAUGGAUACGACGUACAAACCCACAGGUCUUUAGUGUAUUUAAGAAGAAUAUUAGAACGAAUAACUACUCAGAAGCUUACAAUCGGGUAAUAACUCAAGAAUUAGGAAUUCAUCCAUCUAUCUGGGAAUUCACAUAUCGUAUUAAUCAACUUCAACAAAAUGCACUUUUAGAAUACCAAAGUUUAAAACUUGGUCACAGCAUAAGACGAUCAAUGCGUAAUAAUAAUAUGAUGUAUGAGGAGAGAGUAAAGGAAUUGUGGAAUUUAUAUGAGCUGGACAUGCUUACAAUACCGCAAUUUCUAGCGUGUGCAAGCUAUGAUCUAAGGGCGUUUUCAAGAAAUAAACAAGAUGAUAAAUUGGAGUUUUUAAAUCCACCCAACUCCAAGAUUGUCCAAGAAUUCGAUUUAAAAAAUACAAUUUUUAUUUAGUUUAUUUCUUAUCUUUGAUAAAGCAAACAUUUUUUAUCUUUAAUUUUGAUUUUUGGGUGGUUUUGGAAAAAACUAAUGUUUAAGAAUAAUUUGAUUCAGUAAUAAUUAUUUUAAGAAGUAUAUUCGAAAAAUACUAUGUUCAAGUAAGUCAAACCCAUUAAACGCUGUUACUGCUAGCAUUGGACUAGUAAUUCUACAUAAUUUGAUUUUAAACUAAGUUGAAUAUUUAAAAAACAUGACA